AUGGACAAUGCGAUCGUACCUGAUUCGUCCCUAGUAACAGAAUGGACAAAGGCCAUUGUGAAUGUCGACCUUGAACGAACACAGCGUCUAUACAGCCAACAUCCUUAUCUAUUAUGGCAUCCUCUCGAUAACAAAGAGACACGCGUGGAUACCGACUAUGCUCAUUUGACAGCGCAACUGGAACGGUUUCAAAUGCUGGGUCCAUCCUUGGGUGACGAGUUGGCAGCGAUACCUUACAUGUUGUUGGAUCAUUUGGAAAAGAGUGAUAAACAAGGUGCUUCCUUGGCACAGCAAAAACGUUCUCGAUUACUCAAUUUUCUUAUCAAAAAUGCACGUGAGGAUGAUCUCAAUAAUCGUACAUGGGGCGCAUGUCAUAAUACAACGCUUCAUUUGGCAGCAUUCUUGGGUCAAGCGAGAACAAUGGAUCAGCUGAUAGAGCGUGGAGCAUCGAUCGACAAGCGUAAUGAUAUGGGCCACCUGCCAAACGACGUUGCACAAAAGCGGCCCACCAACAGCCGAUUCAGGCAACUUCGUGCAAUGGCAGAAUCAACACCCGACGAUCCUAAUAAGAACAAGCGUCAAAGUACACAACAACGUCGUCAACAAGAUAUCGCUUUACUUUCCAAAAGAUCAGCUGUAAAGAAUAAUCCACUCUUUAAGAAAUUCGAACAGCAACAACAACAACAAUCGGAUCCACCCUCGAUCAAAAAGACAUCUCCACUGGCACGUAACGCUUUUUUGAGAUCAACUGGUGAUAAUAAUGGCAGCAGUAAUGAUAGCAGUAAUAGCGGCAAUAACACCAACACCACCACAACUAAGCUCCUUGCUAUCCCUAGAGGAGUUGUUGGCGUUGGCGAUGAUGAUAAUGGAGACACCAAUUCAGAAGAUUAUCCUCGUCGUACAUCCAAGAUCAUUUCUUCUCUCAAAAACAAAUCGUAUGUCUCUUCCAGCGUAUUUCGACAAACUCAACCUGAACAACCUUCAUCGUCACCAUCAUCAUCUCGUAAUGCAGCAGCAGUAGCGAAAUCAUCACCUCUUAAAGAGCAAUCGAUUAUGGAAGAAGAGGAUGAGGAAGAGGAGAGCGAUGACAAUGAUGAGAAUAAUGAUCAGGGCAGCAAGGAACAAACUCAGACCCAAGAACCAUCCUCAGAAAGCAAUGAUGACUUGGUGACUCCUGAAAUCAAAGCAGUGCCAUCCCUACUGGUUGAACAAGUUGCGCCCGAGCCACCUCGUGAGGAGAAGAUGCAUGAAACCAAAGGACUGGAUCAAGAGGUUGAGAAGAUGCAGCAAAAAGAUGUGCCAAUUCCUCAAAAGGAGAACAAUGAGGACCAAGUCAUUAAAACGGCUGUUGAGAUACCAUCCCAAGAAGAAACAGAAAAGGAAGAUGACAAUAAAGCUGUAUCGGAAUCAACAACAGCGAUUGAUGAUGAAGAGGAUCAAGAGAAGAUUACUACUCCUACUACUACGCAGCAACUUGAUGUGGUGGAUAUCAGCAACAACAAACCAACUCAGCAUGUUGAAAAUCAACAACAAGAGGAAACAGCGCCUACAACGACUGAUGAUGAACCAGCAACACGUGAUCCGAUAGCAGCUCUCGAUGAUCUUGAACCACCCUCCAAGCCAUUUGCUGAAGGUGAUGAUUCACGACGAUGGAGUGGCAGCCAACGGUCCCAUUGGUCUGUUGGAGUGAGUUCUUGGGAUGCGGUGUUAAGCAAGGGCAACGACAACCAUCGCUAUAGCAACCAAAGUGAAGCGGAUAGUGAGCAAUGGUUUGAUAGCUAUGAGGAUUGGGCAGCAGCAUCACCCACCGAACGAAGGGGUUCCCGAUCUCGUCAACAACACCAAAUGCAGCAAGAAGAGCAACCACCCUUGUCAUCAUCGCCUUUACGUCAUUCUGUGACAUUGGAUACCAUGACAUCUAUGAACGAUUAUGGAAAAGAAAACAACAUCCAUAUUGUGGAGGAGGACGAAGAUGAUGACGAUGAUGAGGAUUUCUCGGUCAAAUCAAGUACCCCAUCGGCAUCAUUUAGUCCCAAUCAACGAAUGUCAGGUGGUGCUGAUAGUGUUGACACAUGGCCUGCAACAGCAUCGCCUUUUACAGCACGUUCUCUCAAUGAUGAUAGUGGUGAUGAUGAUGGCUUUUGGAAAACGCAGCAUGAUAGUAGUCCAACAUCAGAGCAACCUGCCACAGCUCAACAAGUCGAAUCAGCCUCACGUGAUUUCGAACAGGCAUCUCCAGAACAGCAAAAGACAACCGAACAAGAUGACAUGUACACCAACAAAUCCACACAACAUGAACGUAUCGAUAAUCAUCAGCAGCAAUCGAUGGUCUUGAAUGAGUCGCACGAUGAACAACAAGAAGAUCAGCAAUUUGGUAGCAUUUCUGUUGCAUCCACUACCUAUGCAAGUCAUCGUCUUCCACAACAUCGACCAGCACAGGAUGCAUUUGAGGAGUUUAUUACCCGUAAAGAUGAUGAGGAAUUACAGCUGAAGGAUCCUAAGCAAACGGAGUAUCAACCACGAUUGGAACCUGAUCAAGAGCAGGAAGUGAUGACACGUGAGCAGCAACAGCAGCAGCAACAACAACAAUCCAUAAGCAACGAUCAUCAACAUCCACCGCCAUCUCCUCCACAACAACAACAAGAUGAGCAACAUGAAGAAGUAUCAUCACCAUUACAAUUGGAUCUUUUACCUCCUGUGGAGAAUGACCCAGGCCAAUCUACAUCAGCAUUUGGCAAAUUGUAUGUGCGUCUUAGCAGUGCUGAUGGUGUCUUGCUCCCUGUACCACCCAAAUUAACGACCUAUGUACGAUGCGUGGUGAGCGAUGGUGAUUACGAGUACAUGUCUCGCUAUGAAGUGCUCAAUGACAGAGUCGUAUUUGACUAUGAAUGCAUUAUGGAUGCACGACCUGAUAUGAUCAUCACCGUAUCUUUGCAUGUACGACCCGAUCCUCAUGUACGACCCAAGACUGGUUUAUCAAAGUGGCUCACUUCCGUGCGUAAACAACGUGAAACAUUGCCAGCUUACGUUCACCCAGAGGAUGGUGCUAUUGGUCAAACACGUUUUGCUCUUGGUCAUAUGAUCCAGGCUUGUAAUCAAAAGACGUAUGGUGCUAGCUUUGAUUGUUUCAAUUCGUGGUUUGCACGCUCGUCUCGUGAACAACACAUGCUCAAGGUGGUGGGCAAUUUGAACGUUGAGAUGCUUUAUUUGCCUCUUUCAGAUCCAUCUCUGCCAAUUCCCAAGAGUAUGCGUGAAUGUGAUUUGGCGCUGCGUAUCCGACAAUGGCACAAUACUUGUUGGCAUAGCGGGUUCCUUUCUAUGCGUGCACCAGGAUCACAACUCUGGGAUAGGUACUAUUGCCGAUUGAUCGGUAGCCAAUUGAUAGGCUAUGACUCCAAAGCAGCCUCAGCAUCCUAUAUUCCCCAGGUCCAAUACGACAUUGCCAAUGCUGUGCGAUUGGUAGCUUCUUCGGAUCAAAUCAUUGUCACUCUGGAGGAUGUCCCUGAUACCCGCGUUUUCCAGGAAAAUACUAUCGUCGAAGAAACAGGGCGUGGAUUCUUUAGGAUUGUAUUUGCCGAUGCCUAUGUAGAUGCCGUUUGCGACGAAGCGCGUGAAAGCGAGGCAUGGGUCAAGAUUUUGAAAUCCAUGAUUGGAAGGGUACCUUUGAAGAUUGUCGUCUAG